AUGACAGCUCCCGAUAAGUCCCAUGAAUAAGAACUAAAAUGCAAGACGUAUCUCACUCACACACAAGGAUCUGCAGACCAAUGUUCUGCUCUUUCGACGUAUGCUUGUCUUAAGAUCACACCAACUUCCUCUCGACAUUGCUCUAUAAACUGUGAAUAUCCGUCAUAGGGACUCAAAGUUGUAUUCUGAUCGUGAUCGAUCUUUUAGAGCAGUUGAGAUCAUGGAGCUCGCCAACCACUCAUAUCAAGAAGGAGCUGUAGUUGAUGGAGGGGAUCACUCGCCAGAUGUCACAAUACCAAGGCUGCCAAGAAGGUCGAGCCUUACGAACACCUUCUCCUAUCCUAUACUGGAUGAGCAUGAGCACCUACGUCGCCAUGAGUCAGAUAAUAGACGAUCAUCACUGACGUCGAAUGGCUCUAUGCCAGGAAUGACAGACUCAUCCGACUCGGAGACUUCAUUCGACGAGGAUUAUAACACAUCAGCUAGUGAACUCUGGGAUAGCUUUUGGCCCGAUAGUGUAGCUGGUCCUGGAGAACAAUAUCCCGUGCUUCUGCGAGCGUCACAGACGCCGCAUUGCCUACCUAAGGGUUUUUCGAAACGCGAAUCUAAUGAGACGGGUGAGACGGAUGAUACAAUUGCUGUAUCAAAGCCAGAGGCAUCCUCCCAGAAGGUUACAGGUUCAUGCGAGACUUCUGCCACUCAGACGUCGCCUCCACGUCCGGUGACGAGAAAUGGCUCGCCCACGUAUUCCAUCUAUCCCAAGCAGAAGCCGAAUAGUAUUUUGCGACAUCCACUCCCUCCACGAACUUCAUCGCUAGUUGCAGCUCCUCUUUCAUCUCCUCGGCGGCAAUUUCUAAAACCAGCCAAGUCGAUUGUGAACCUCAAGCCUAGCAAAUCGCACCACAACCUCCAACCUAAUCACGCUAUUCCUCCUAUAUCUAGGAUGCCGAUGGCACCUGCGUCUGCAAAUUCUGUUCCUGUAUCACCAAUUUACCCCCCACCUUCGCCCCCAAGGGCUCUGCGCCCGACGUCUUCAGCUUUCAGCCUGCGCGAUAAAAACAGCUCGUUCAGCCGCGUGCAGCACAAUUCAGCGAUGCCCUUAUCGCCUCUUAGCUCACCAGCAAUGACGCCAACGACGGAAUUUCAACCUGCUUCGCGGCCAGAAGUUGAACCUUACAUUUCAGUGUUUGAGUUUGAUUCAGAUCACGAGUCGUACAUGGGGAGCAACAGUUUUACGAAGCGCAUUGCCCGUGGGUUCCACAAGAAGAGUGCGAGCGAGAAACGCAGUAGUGGACGACGCGGGAGCGAAGACUCGGAAGCCCACGGCUCGGACAAAGAGAAGCGCAAACGUGGAGGUAGCUUGGGUCGCAUUUUAGGACUAAAGAGUCGCUAAGCAUUUUUCAUACACAUCAAAGCAGAAAAACGCCAACAUCACUGUAUCACCUACUUAUGUUUCCCCCCCUUUUUUUGUAUCCAUCUAGAGGUUAUCCGGGA